UCACUCGCCGUUGUCUGUCCUCUGCUUUGAGCUUUUCUCUGUUUAGCUCGUCUCCUGCUCUCUCGGUGUGUCUCUCUAUAAGUCUUCACAAGAGUACAGCUAUAUUCCCUUCUCAAUCAGCGAGAUCAUGGCCGCGGAAGAGGUAGCCGUGCCUGUCCCCGUGCCCAACGCCGAUAAUGGCCCUGGGCGCAAGCCCUUCUCUGAGCUCGAGCUGUCCGAGCCGACGAGCAAGGCCCUCGCCGAGAUGGGCUUCACAACGAUGACUGCAGUGCAAGAGAAAAGCAUCCCACCGCUGCUCGCAGGGAAGGAUGUGCUAGGCGCAGCGCGCACCGGCUCGGGAAAGACGUUGGCGUUCUUGAUUCCGGCAGUCGAGUUGCUGCAUAGGAUGAAGUUCAAGCCGCGGAAUGGCACUGGAAUCGUCAUUGUCUCGCCGACGCGUGAACUAGCGCUGCAAAUUUUUGGUGUUGCGAAGGAGCUUAUGGUGCAUCAUUCACAAACGUUUGGCAUCGUCAUGGGUGGUGCAAAUCGAAGGGCGGAGGCGGAGAAGCUGCAGAAAGGUGUGAACAUGCUCGUCGCUACGCCAGGUCGACUACUCGAUCACCUUGAGAAUACCAAAGGAUUCAUAUUCCGGAACCUGAAAGCACUGGUGAUUGACGAAGCAGAUCGGAUCUUGGAGGUUGGGUUCGAGGAGGAGAUGAAGAGAAUUAUCAAGAUCCUACCGAACGAGGACCGCCAAUCGAUGCUCUUUUCUGCUACACAAACGACCAAGGUCACCGAUCUUGCAAGAAUUUCACUACGUCCAGGACCCCUAUAUAUCGAUGUCGACAAGGAAGAACGGACAAGUACCGUCACCACACUAUCACAAGGAUAUGUCGUGUGUCCGUCAGAUCGACGCUUCCUUCUGCUAUAUACCUUCCUCAAACGGAAUAUGUCCAAAAAGAUCGUCGUCUUCUUCUCUAGCUGUAAUUCAGUCAAGUAUUACGCAGAGCUACUAAAUUAUAUCGAUGUUCCUGUGCUCGAUCUUCACGGAAAGCAAAAACAACAAAAGCGGACGACAACGUUCUUUGAGUUCUGCAAUGCGCAACAGGGAACUAUGCUAUGUACGGACGUCGCUGCCAGAGGACUAGACAUCCCGAGAGUGGAUUGGAUCAUCCAGUACGACCCGCCAGACGACCCGCGUGACUACAUCCAUCGAGUCGGUCGAACUGCUCGUGCGGGCAAGGUAGGGAAAAGCUUGAUGUUCCUGCUGCCGAGCGAGCUUGGGUUCCUACGGUACUUGAAAGAUGCGAAAGUCCCUCUGAAUGAGUUCAGCUUCCCGGCGGAAAAGAUUGCGAAUGUGCAGUCACAGCUUGAGAAGCUACUACAGAAGAACUACUUCCUGCACCAGUCGGCACGCGAUGGAUACCGAUCAUAUCUGCAGGCAUACGCAUCCUACUCGCUAAAGAAGAUCUUCGACAUAAACCAGCUCGACCUCGCAAAGGUGGGCAAGGCGUUCGGAUUCUCAGUCCCGCCGCGUGUGAACGUGAAUAUCGGCGGUGGGACAGGCGGGACAGGGCGAUCAGGGAAGAAGCGCAAGCGACCCGAGGACGACGAGGAGAAUGAGAAGUGGGAGGAGAUCGAUGCGGUGGACAAGGAUGGCAGCGAGGCUGAGGCGGAGGAAAACGCUGACGAAGAAGUAUGGAGAAGUCAGAGGCGUGGAGGUGGGAGGGAGAGGAGGAAGGAGACACUAGGUUCGCGGAAGGUCGAGAAGGAGGUGUACAAGAAGGGGCGGGAAAGGAAGAAGGACGCGGGGACGGCGCAAUGGAGUCGUUGACAAUAGCUGGCGGUCGUUUCUUCUUCUUCUUUCUUCCACCUUUUACAUGCUCGCUCCUCCUCUCGUGCGG